AUGCUCGAUGAAAGUGCCUUUCUGAAACGACAAAGACGAAGUUCACCCUUGUCGGCCACCCAUGGCUUGACAUUCCGUCGUCAAACCGAGACAGAGACCUUGGAAAUCGGACACGCUGCUGAGGUUUUUCAAUCAACAGUGCAAGUCUUUAAGGAAAAAGUGAAGCAGAGGUUUAAAAGGGAUAUUACAGAAGAAGGUUUGCUUUCAUGGGAGCAUGUGGAACUUAUUGCAGAGCUGUCAGGAUGUCCACCUUUAACAUAUCCAGGUCUUUGUCAGCACAGACACAUCAGCAAGUACCGCUCCAUAUCUGGCAUCUGCAACAACAGGUUCAAUCCUCUCUGGGGAGCAGCCAACACUGCCUUGCGCCGAUGGCUUCCAGCUCAGUACGAAGAUCAAGUACAACAACCCAAAGGGUGGAACAGAGGAUAUCUCUAUAAUGAAUUUCAGCUUCCCACGGCAUGGGAAGUCAGCAAGACCAUAAUGAAAAGCUCGUUUACGUCUAAAGACGAUGCCUACUCUCAUAUGCUGGUGGAAUGGGGCCAGUAUAUCGACCAUGACAUGACCUUUACCCCUCAAAGCCCUGGAAACCUAAAAUUUUCACCUGAAGCUGACUGCGUGAGCACAUGUAAGAAUGUGCCUCCUUGCUUUCCCAUCCAGACGGAUGGUAAGGUCUCAGGUACAAAAAGCUGCAUGCCUUUCAAACGCUCUUUGCCAGCUUGUUUCACCAGCUUUGGGAAUGACAUGUGUCAAGCCCUGCAACAACAACAGAUGAAUGCAAUCACAUCCUUCAUUGAUGCUUCCUCUGUGUAUGGCUCCAGUCCAAAAGUCAACAACUUUCUCAGAGAUCUUUCCAGACGUGAGGGGAAACUGAAAGUUAAUAAGUACUUUAGGGACAUUAAAGGAAGACCAUUCCUCCCUUUCCAAGAGUCUAAGUCAUCAGACUGCCUCCAUGUUGUUGGUGAACAAAGAGUGGCGUGUUUCAGUGCUGGAGACAGUCGAGUCAACGAGGGCUUACCUUUGACUUGUUUGCAUACGCUGUGGCUGAGGCAACACAAUCAAAUUGCGGCGACACUUAAGAGUCUCAAUAGUCACUGGAACCCAGAGAUGAUAUAUCAAGAAACGCGCAAGAUAAUUGGGGCUCUGCACCAGAUCAUAACUAUGAGAGAUUACCUUCCAAAAAUAAUUGGCGCAGAGUUUUUUCAGAACCACAUUGGACCCUACAAAGGAUAUGACCCAAGUGUGGACGCAUCUGCCUCAAAUGUUUUUGCUACUGCUGCAUUCCGAUUUGGCCAUGGGACCAUCCCCUCUGUCAUUAGAAGACUCAAUGAGCUGUACCUGGAACAUGACCACUUUCCAAACUUGGUGCUGCACAGUACUUUCUUCAGUCCAUGGAGAAUACUCAAUGAAGGUGGAAUUGAACCAAUCCUGAGAGGCACACUUGGAACAGAAGCAGUAGCAAACACAGCAAACAGUCUGGUGCAAGAGGAGUUGACAGAGAGGCUGGUUGUUCUAAAUAUUCCACAGCCCAUGGACCUGGCUUCACUGAACUUGCAGAGAGGACGAGACCAUGGUCUCCCAGGAUAUAAUGAUUGGAGAGAGUUUUGUGGACUCAAGCGCAUUCAGACACUUGAAGGCUUUACACAUUUUGUAAUAAAUGGGAGUGUUGCUGGAAAGAUACUUCAAAUCUACAAACACCCGAACAACAUAGACGUGUGGCUGGGGGGGCUGGUUGAGAUUUUUCUACCAGGUGCAAGAGUUGGUCCUGUCUUUGCAUGCCUGAUUGGAAAGCAGAUGAAGGCACUUCGUGAUGGCGACAGAUUUUGGUGGGAGGCAGAAGGUAUGUUUAACCAACAGCAGCGGGACGAGCUUCUGAAGUUUUCGCUGUCGAAGAUCAUCUGUGACAAUAGUGACAUCAUUGAAGUCCCUCCCGAUGCUUUCAAAUUUGAGAAGUACCCUUCAGGUUAUGUCUCAUGUCAUGAUUUACCAGCAAUUAACCUGGAGGGGUGGAGAGAGGAAAAUAGUAAAGAUUUAAAAAGCUGUGGCUGGCCAGGACAGAUCAAGCAUGGGGAUUACGUGCUGUCCUCGAUACCUGGAAAACUGCUGGCUCUGUACUCCUGUCAUCAUGGCUUUGAAUUGACUGGUGCUGCUGUAAUUUUUUGUGAAGGACAUCAGUGGAGCAAUCAACCCCCACAAUGUGAUGGUAAUCCUCAGUAAAGCGGAGCCAAUGAAGAAGAUGUUGAACAUGUUGCACUCUUCUUUAAUUUAAACCAACUGAAUGUAUUCUGCAUUAUUGGGUUUGAGUAAUUUUAUUUGAAAGCUGUUUUCCUGAAGGAUUACAUUUCCAGGCAGAGAAGACACCUGAUUGGGUCUACAGUAGAGUGAGAGUGAGUGUUGUAUUGCAUUUUUGAAGAAUAAAAUGAAAAACAGAACUGUAUUUAUAUGUAUUCCAUUACAAUUAAAAUGUUUUAAAAAUACACAACCGUUCAAAAGUUUGGGGUCACCCAAACAAUUUUGUGGAAUAGCCUUCAUUUCUAAGAACAAGAAUAGACUGUCGAGUUUCAG